AUGGAGAUUCCACGUGCGCACUACACGGAAGAAUUUAAGCAGGAAGCAGUAAAAUUGGUCAUAGAUUCCGGUUUGAGUAUUGCCGAAGCCGGUCGCCGGUUGAAUAUUCCGGCCAUGACUUUGAAGAACUGGGUCUAUCGCAGUAAGACUUCGAAGUCAGGCGCGUCAUCCGGCCGYCCUGUUUCCGAGCUUGAAGCCGAGAACAGCCGCUUACGCAAGGAGUUGGCGGAAAGCCGCCUCGAGUGUGAAAUCAUAAAAAAGGCGAUGGCUGUUUCCCGUGGCGGCUAUUACAGCUGGCUUAGGCAUCGCCCUUCAAAGCGGCAACUGGAGUCCUUAAAGGUUGAGACCGCGGUCAAGGCGGCGCAUGAACGCACUCGAGGCACCUAUGGCCCGGAGCGUUUGCAGGCCGAAUUGGCAAAGGUAGACGGCGUAGCGAUCGGCAGGGAUCGGUUGAAGUACAUCCGCCGCAAGUUGGGCAUCAGAUGCAAGCAGGUGAAGAAGUUCAAGGCAACCACGAACUCAAAGCACAGGCUGCCGGUUGCCGACAAUCUUCUGGAACAGAACUUUGCCGUGACCCGUCCCGGUGAAGUGUGGGUAGCAGAUAUCACCUACAUCCCGACAGAUGAAGGGUGGCUCUAUCUUGCAGGGAUCAAGGAUCUUUUCAACGGCGAAAUCGUCGGUUACGCCAUGAACGAGCGGAUGACCAGAGAGCUUGUCGGCACGGCAUUGUUCAACGCAGUGAAAACAAAACGCCCGCCAAAGGACCUGGUCCAUCAUUCAGAUCGUGGCAGCCAAUACUGCUCUCAUGAUUACCAAAGGCUGCUCAAGCAAUUCGGUAUGCAGCCGUCCAUGAGCCGCAAGGGGAACUGCUACGACAACGCGCCAAUGGAAAGCUUCUUCGGCACAUUAAAAAACGAGCUGGUCCAUCACCGCCGUUACCGGACACGCCAGGAAGCAAUUCAGGAAAUCAGGGAGUACAUUGAAAUCUUCUACAACCGGCAGAGACGGCAGAAACGAUUAGG